GAGGCGCCUGCAUGGGCGGCCCGCGCUGCUCUCCCUCGUCCCGCCGCUGACCCCCGCCUCGCUCUCCGCCGGGCCAUGGCCGGCACCUCCCGGGACCCGCUCGGCGCCGACGUCUUCGACGAGGCCGUGAGGGGCACCUGCGACGACGCCUCCCAGUGCAAGCGAUAUGCUGUAAACAUUGGGUACUGGAACGAUCCUUACAUUGAACAUUUUGUGAGACAGCCGAAGGAAAGGAAGGCGCCUGAAAUCAGUCGUGGAUAUUAUGCCCGUGUCCAGGGAGUUGGGCACUUACUUAAGGCUUUCUUGCAGAAGACCGAAUGCAACUGCCAAAUUAUAAACCUUGGUGCUGGCCUAGAUACCCUGUUCUGGAAAUUAAAGGAUGAGAAUCUGCUUCCUAGGAAAUAUUUUGAAGUUGAUUUUCCAUCUAUAGUUGCAAGGAAAAUCCACUACAUCAAAUCAAAACCUCCCCUGUCAAAACCAAUUAUGGAAAGCCAUUCAGGGGAGUCUCUCCUGCUAGAUGCUUACAGCCUAGACUCCAGCCGAUAUGCCAUAAUUGGUGCAGAUCUCCGAGACCUGCCAAAGCUAGAGGAAAACCUGAAGAAGUGUAACAUGGAUCCACAUUUGCCCACUCUCCUGAUGGCAGAAUGUGUGCUAAUCUACAUGACCCGAGAACAUUCAGCGCGCCUCCUCAAGUGGGUGGCAGGCAUGUUCCAGGCCGCCAUGUUUAUAAACUACGAGCAGGUGAACAUGGCUGAUCGCUUUGGGCAGAUCAUGAUUGAGAAUUUGCAGAGCAGGCAAUGCAACCUGGUUGGAGUGGACGACUGCCGAUCUCUGGAUACACAGAAGGAACGGUUCUUACUAAAUGGCUGGGAAACAGUGAAUGCCAUUGAUAUGGUGAAAGUCUACAAUCGCUUGCCACCAGAUGAUGUCAGAAGGAUAGAGGCGCUUGAGUUCCUCGAUGAGAAGGAACUGCUUGAACAGCUCAUGCAACACUACUGCCUGUGUUGGGCUACCAGGGACUCCCGGAAUCUGGGUCUUGCGGAGAUUACUCUCUAAUGCAUUUGCUCUGGUGGAGCUCAGGGUGAGCCUGCUGCCCCUUGCUGGUGGGGCUCUGCAUGCAUCCACUCCCCGUCGAUGGCGGCAUCUUCCUCAAGAGAAUGUGAGCAGUGGAGCAUUUGCAGGAGCGGCCCUCUCCUCUCUCCUCCCUCCACUCCUGGCAUCUUCCAACCUUUUGAAUAAAUGGUUUCCUUUUGUGAGCAGCUGAAUAAUGAGAGAGCUCUUCCCCUUUUCCAGGGACCUUCUUUUUGGGAAUUGUUACGAACAGAAAUGAUUCGUGUUUCUCAUGUGAGUGGAUGUCUGAUGUGCCUGACUUGCCUGUCCUCACUGGGGGCUGAGCACUGGACAGGGGGGCUGGCGGUGGGGGUGGCAGCAGGUACGUCUUGUGCUCAGCGGAGGCUGGAGGCUCUUCCUCCUCCUCCCCCCCCCCCCUCCCGGUCGUCUUGUGUCUCUUUUAUCCUGUGGAAUGUCGCCCCUGGUGUUUCUCCAGCCUCUGCUGCAGGGAUGAUUUUGUACCUUCCGUGUGAAUCUGCUCCGCUGUGCCAAGGGAGAGCUGGCUGCCUUCCAGGAGGAGACUGCUGCUUGCCAGGGCUGAGACCAGGAGCCCUGCUGUGUGGCUCCUCCCGCUCCUGGGCUAGUCUGAACCGCCCUCUUACCUUGGCUACAGCAAGGGUUAAUAAAUGGUGGGUUUUUGUAA